AUUCAAAUCUUUCAAGGCUCACAAAACUGCAUUUUCAUUAUCUUGUGAAAAUCAAUUUCCCUUUCUUCCCAGGAUCAAGCAAUUCACCAAUUCACUCACAUCGUUUACUAAAUUGAUACAAGUGGUCCAAAAUGUCUAAACCUCAAAAGGACCCUAAGAUGAAAACUGAAAUAACUUGUGGAUCGCUUCUUCAUGAACUUCAGAUAAUAUGGGAUGAAGUUGGGGAGUCUGAGACUGACAAACAUAGGAUGUUGUUUGAGCUUGAACAAGAGUGUCUAGAAGUAUACAGAAGAAAGGUUGAUAAAGCAAAUCAGUCUAGAGCUCAACUAAGGCAGGAAAUUGCUGAUUCUGAGGCAGAGCUUGCAGCUAUCUGUUCAGCAAUGGGAGAGCGACCAGUACAUGUUAGGCAGUCUGAUCAAAAAGCUGAAAGCUUGAAGGAAGAGCUAGCCAGAAUUCGCCCAGAGCUGGAGGAAAUGCAGAACAGGAAAUCUGAGCGUAGAAAUCAAUUUAUAGAUGUUCAAGAACAGAUUCAAAGUAUCUCCCAUGAGAUUUUUGGUCCAAGAGGAUGUAUUACAGCCAUAGUGGAUGAAACUGAUUUAUCGUUGAGAAAGCUUGAAGAAUUGCACAGACAGCUUCUUGCACUUCAAAAAGAGAAGAGUGAUCGCCUAAAGAAGGUUCAAGAGCACCUGUGUACUUUAAAUUCUCUUUGUUCGGUGCUUGGUUUGGAAUUUAAGCAGACAGUCAACGGAGUUCAUUCUGGUUUAGGAAAUUCAGAAGGAUCCAAGAGUGUAAAUAAUGAUACUAUCAGUCAAUUGGAUACUGCUAUACAAGAACUGCGGAAAGUUAAAUUACAGAGAAUGCAGAGGCUACAAGAUCUAGCUUCAACAAUGUUGGAGCUAUGGAAUUUGAUGGAUACGCCUCUAGAAGAGCAACAAAUGUUUCAGAAUGUUACUUGUAAUAUAGCUGCUUCAGAACAUGAAGUAACUGAACCAAACACCUUGUCUGAGGACUUCAUCAAUCAUGUUGAGGCAGAAGUAUCUAGGUUAGAAGAGUUAAAAUCAAGCAAAAUGAAAGAGCUUGUUUUGAAGAAGAGAGUAGAGCUAGAGGAGAUUUGUCAAAAAACUCAUUUGGUUCCAGAAAUUGAUAGUGCAGUGGAAUAUGCUGUUGAAGCUAUAGAGUCUGGAUCUGUAGACCCUGCUUGUGUGCUUGAACAAAUUGAACUUCAGAUUGCUCGAGUUAAGGAGGAAGCCUUUGUCAGAAAAGAAAUACUUGAAAAGGUUGAGAAAUUGUUGUCAGCAUGUGAUGAAGAGUCUUGGCUUGAGGAGUACAACAGGGAUGAAAAUCGGUACAAUGCUGGGAGAGGAGCACAUCUUAUUCUCAAACGAGCUGAGAAAGCCCGCACCUUGGUUAACAAAAUGCCAGCAAUGGUAGACGCUUUGACUUCAAAAACUGUAGCAUGGGAAAAGGAUACAGGCAUUGAGUUCACAUAUGAUGGUAUACGUCUGCUCUCUAUGCUUGAAGACUACUCCCUAUCACGGCAAGAGAAGGAGCAAGAACGUCGUAGGCAGCGGGACAUGAAGAAACUUCAGGGACAAUUGAUAGCAGAACAGGAAGUACUCUAUGGGUCAAAACCAAGCCCUUCAAAGGUCCAGAGUGCAAAAAAGCCACCUAGGAUGUCAACUGGAACUGGAAGUGCAGCUAGUAGAAGAGUCUCUGUUGGUGGAGCAAUGCUUCAAACCCCAAAACCUGAUUCAAAAGCGGCCCAGUCAUGCUCCACAAGGAAGACUGACAAAGCACACCAAAUUGAGCAACUAAAUAACCUGGACGAUGGUGUUUCAUGUUUAUCAUCAGCUAGAAGAGGACUUGAUAUUGCUGGUGUUCGUAUGAGAAAAUACUCUAUUUGUGCUGGAAGUGUUCGUGACAUAGAAUCUCCUUUGACAAGACAACCUUUUUCUCCCAUCUCUUCAACGGUAUCAUCAAAAGCAAAUGUGGCAAAUGCUGCACAUGAACUGAAUAUACAGAAUGAGAAGUUGCAGAAAAUAUCGGCCCUCAACAAUUUGCCAUCCACCACUACUUCAAAGACAGCCACAGUGGUGGAUGAAGAGAAUAGAACUCCAAAGGAAAUACCUAUUCCUGUUCCCACAACACCUUUGACAGUGUCAAUUCCAAUGAAUAUGUCCAUGACUCCAGCUCCUGUGUCAAUUCCAUAUGGAGGUGACUUGGCUCAAGAGAUUGAAUAUUCCUUUGAGGAAAGAAGGCUCGAUUUUGUGUUAGCAUGA